AUGUCGAACCAAUACUCGUACGCAGGUGGUGGAGGAGGUGGAGGUUACGGUGCACCUCCGCCCGGUCAACAGGGGGGAUAUGGACAGCAGCAGCAGUACGGAGGCGGCGGAGGCGGAUACGGAGCACCACCUCCUCAGCAAGGCGGUGGCGGUGGAUAUGGCGCCCCUCCUCCCGGUCAGCAAGGUGGAUAUGGUGCCCCUCCUCCCGGUCAGCAGGGUGGAGGGUACGGCGCACCUCCUCCGGGACAGCAAGGCGGAUACGGCGGUGGCCAGCAGCAGUCAUCCUACGGCGCACCCGCACAAGGCUAUGGUCGCCCACAAGUGUACAACUCCUCGACGGGGCCUCCUCCUGGAGCGGAUCCUCAGCUGUGGCAGUGGUUCAUCGCUGUCGACCGCGACCGCAGUGGACAGAUCAACGCGCAAGAACUCAGCCAAGCGCUCGUCAACGGCGACUGGACGCCCUUCGACCUGGACACAGUCAAGAUGCUGAUGAGCGUAUUCGACGUUGACCGCAGCGGCCAAAUCAGCUUCAACGAGUUCGCUGGUCUUUGGAAAUACAUUCAGGACUGGCAGGGCGUCUUCCGUCAUUUCGACCAGGACCGCUCGGGCUCAAUCGACCAAGGCGAACUGGCAAACGCGCUGCAGUCCUUCGGAUACCGUCUCUCGCCCAAGCUGCUCCACAUUGUGACGCAAAAGUACAUAACUUCUGACUCUGGCGCCCCAGGUGGCAUGGCUUCGACAGGACCAGCGCGAGGCGCACCCGGCAUUACGUUCGAUCGCUUCGUUAGGGCCUGCGUGGUAAUCAAGGCGCUCACCGAGUCGUUCCAACGCCACGACAACAACCGCUCAGGCUGGGUGCAGAUCAACUACGACACGUUUAUGGAGAUGUGCCUCUCGGCGCCUUGA